AUGACCUCGCCCCUGGGCCUCGGACAUCGUCGACGAGACGUGACCUCUCCAGGUCCCACCACCAACCAUGACGACGACGAUUCCAUCGGGAACAAGGCGGCGACGGCAGCCCCGGAAGCUGCGCAGUCACUGAGCUUGAUGCAUCUACCACCGGAAAUGCACGUGGCCAUUUCCGACUUUCUGACCUACCCGGACGCCCUGUCGCUCAAGCAUACGAACCGCCACUUUUACAGCCUCGUCGAUACGGACUUCGAGCUCAAGAUUGAGUGGCUGCUGCAACGUCGGAGUCUGCACCUCGAGUGCCCCAGCAACCAUCGGUGCGCUCUGGGCAGCGACCUCCGCUUCUGCCGCGGCAGUGUUCCGUCAGUGCAUCCGUCCCGUUUGCGUAUUCGCCUUGGCUGA